AUGGUCACGCGAUACCCAGACCCGCCCUCUGGCAACAUCACCGUGCAGAUGGCAAGUAACAGGAAGUAUGCCUCUUUGCUGGGCAAACUGAGACAAGACGAGAGCUUGCAACCUGACGCCGAUCUCAAAGUCUUCGAGGCAGAAGCUCUGAUGAUACUGCUCUGCACACCAGAUGAAUGGCACUUCUAUGAGUCAAGAGGAGACAGUGCACCUGCUGUAGCCAGGCCAGAGACUCUGGAAAGUACUAAGCUGCUUCAGGAAGCCCUGAUAGCAACGAACCAGACACAUCCGUAUGCGCAGCAUAUGUUGAUACAUAGCACGGAGAUGUCCAACAACGACGUCCAUGCUGCUCUCCCUGCAGCCCAUGAUCUGCUGGCAAACACUGCCAAAUUGCAGGAUCAGCACCUCCAGCACAUGACCAGCCACACCUACCUCCGCGCUGGCUACUACCACAAGGCCCUGAUGAGCAACAUCGUGGCUGUUGGUACCGACUCGACCUACUUCAAGAACGACUGGAUGCCCUAUGGUCCCGGUCACAACUCUGCCUUCCUCGUCGCUUGCGCCCUCUGGGCUGGUGACCGAGCUGCGGCUUACAAGUACGUCAAGGUAGUCCAGCAGGUUUUCGAGCGGGUCCCGGAGCAGGCCGACUUCCCAGAUGGGAGCAUGGCGUGGAACUACCCGAUGAUGGUAGCUCUCCGCUUCGGAGAUUUCGACCUCGUCGAGGGCUUGGAGAAGGCUAUUCCAGCAGGGUUUGCCAGCAAGUGGAUCUACGGAGGCCACCUGCUGAUGCACUACAGCCGUGCAGUGGCAGAGGCGCACCUGGGUCGCUUGGACCCGGCGCGGGAGCACCUGACCCAGCUUCGGCUGCUCAUGCCAACAAUCGUGGCGCAAAAUGCACAGUAUGGUAACCUUUCGAAGAUUGCGAACGACACCGCCUCCGCAGUUCUAGCGAUGGCUGAAGGUCAGACCGAGACAGCGUUGAAUGCCUUGGCACAUGCGGUGGGGGUUGAGAUGGCGAUGCCGUACAGUUUGCCUCCCAAUUGGUUGCUGCCCACGCGGGAGUGCUACGGCCACGCUUUGCUUGUGGCAGGGAGAGCCUCUCAGGCAGAGACAGUAUUUCGGGCCGCACUGCACGGCCAGUCCUUCCACGCCGAGCCUCAUUGUGGCUGGGCGCUCCUGGGCCUCCGACAAAGCCUUCAAGCCCAGGGCGGGCACGAGGAUGAGAUCAAGGCCUUGCGACGCGAGAUCCAAGCUGUUUGGAAAUGGUCUGAUGUGCCAUUGAGGACUCCGUGCGCACAGAUGGACAUUGGUCCGAUGAAGUCUUUGAUCGGGCAUUACUUUGCAGCUCUUGUGGAGUUCUGGCUCCGUGAGUGCCCUGCAUUGCGCAGCCGCCGUGUGCUGGCGCGCCAGCACGUCGACGUAGCCGAGCAGAGCAACCAGCUGAAGUUUCUGGCCGACUUGGACCCGGUGGUCAAAGAUGCCACCUAUGUCGUCAUGUGGCACGAAGGGUGGGGAAAAGUCAAGGGCGAGUCGUUUGAUGACUUCGACCUCGCCUGCAAGCGGUUUGAAGCCUUCGAGGGCGGGCGCUUCGCUGCUAUUCUGGUGGACGGCCGCUUUAGGGAGCUGCGCUACUAUGGGACCCGAGGUGAUGUGGCGAAAGAGUUUUCCAAGUUCUGGAGCGAGAAUUACCAGGGUCUCGGCGCCUUACACCUGGAAGCUGCCUUCCACCUCAGCUUGGCGAGGGGGCCAAGGGAGGUCGACGUGCUUGGCUCUCGCUUCUCCGGAGGUUUCUUGCACGAGUCGCUGUGUUGGCGGAUCUUAGAGGCAAGAAUACGUGUCCGCUUGGCUCGACGGCCGGAGGUGGUCAAGGAGCUCGAGGACAU